GUUCCCCUUCCGCUUCCUCCUGCCUCCCGUCCCGCUGCUGCUGCUGGCUCAGGGUGCCUCUCCAGCUCUCCAUAGCCCGGUGUCUGCAGAAGCGCUCCGGGCCCUGAGCUGUCAGCACCACCGCCCUCCAGGCCUCGGACGCGAUGCAGGCCAUAAAGUGUGUGGUGGUGGGAGAUGGAGCCGUGGGCAAGACCUGCCUGCUCAUCAGCUACACCACCAACGCCUUCCCGGGAGAGUACAUCCCCACCGUGUUUGACAACUAUUCAGCCAACGUGAUGGUGGACAGCAAGCCCGUGAACCUGGGGCUGUGGGACACGGCGGGGCAGGAGGACUACGACCGCCUCCGGCCGCUCUCCUACCCGCAGACGGACGUCUUCCUCAUCUGCUUCUCCCUUGUCAGCCCAGCCUCCUAUGAGAAUGUCCGGGCCAAGUGGUUCCCGGAGGUGCGCCAUCACUGCCCCAGCACGCCCAUCAUCCUGGUGGGAACCAAGCUGGACUUGCGGGACGAUAAGGACACCAUUGAGAAGCUGAAGGAGAAGAAGCUGGCGCCUAUUACUUACCCGCAGGGCCUGGCACUGGCCAAGGAGAUCGACUCAGUGAAAUACCUGGAGUGCUCAGCCCUCACCCAGAGAGGCCUGAAAACCGUCUUUGACGAGGCGAUCCGGGCUGUCCUGUGCCCCCAGCCCACGCGGCCACAGAAGCGGCCCUGCAGCAUCCUCUAGGGGACACACCCAGCCCUCCCAGACAGAUGGUUCUGAACCUCCAGGGCCCCCACCCAAAGCCCCAUGGCACCCCCGCUGGCCAUGCUGUCCCCUUCCUGUGGCGUUUCUUAGCAAGAUGGCUGCAGAGCUUUGUUCAUCAUCUUCUCUGUGCUGGAGUCCGCCCCCGGGAAAGAGUGUGUAUUUGGAAGUGCUGCGUCCCCAUCCCCUCAUGUUCCCGCCUUCCCAGGGGCCAGAGGGGAGCCCCAGGACCAAUAAGCCACCCCUGUGUUGCUGUGGUCAGAUGCCACACAUGACAUCAUCUACCUGUUUACUCCUCCCUCCCCAAACCUGAAUCCCCUCUGGAAACUUCGGGCCAGAUGGUUGCCGGCCACCACUGAUAUUCCUUCAGGGAUGGGUCUCUCACUCUCCUGUGAGGCAGUGUACUCCAGUAUUGAUGGUCUUGCUUGUCGGAGAGUUCUCCUGCUGAGCUAAAUUAAGUGUCUGAGAAGUUUGUUCUUCUGGUGUUAGUCCUCCUUUUGGGGACAACAUAAAACAUUCAGAUUCUCUGAAUCUCUGUGGGCACCUGCCCAGCCAAUCAAAAGGCUGGGUCCUGCUGACUCCUGCCACCUCUCAAGUCUUUCUGCUCCACUCACAGGAUCCUGAGCUGCAUUUACCUGUGACAGUCUUAAAACUUUCAGACCCUGCCAGUCAGGAUUUCUGUCAUUGCAGAUAGAAACCCAAUUCAACCUGCUUAAGCAGAAAAUAAAUUUACUGAUUCAAGUUUGGAAA